UGAACAUGACAGAAUUGAUGUAUUUGGAUCACUUGAAUUAAUCAUUGUGUUUAUUUAGACAGCAUUUUAAAUAGCAGGUUCUGUGUCAACAUGUAUAGUAUCUGAGGAACAAACAGAUGUUGUAUAAUUCCCCCCUUAAAAAAGUAGAGGGCAUUAGCCAAUCAAGUAGUGACGUCUGAGUAUGAACAAGUUAAACCCAACAACACACUGAACCGAGGAUCAAGCUGUUACAGAUACAACAUUGAAAUGGCUGGGGUCCAUCACACUCUCAUUCAACUGCUGAUCCUAAAGCUUCUAAAUACAGGUGUCUUUGGAGAAUCAUCCUCUACAUAUAUGUAUAACAUCUUGGGGGAUGAUGUCAAUAUGCCCUGUAAGAAUUUGGUUUAUCCAGUUAACUGCAACUCAGUUGGAUGGAUUCAUUUAAAAACUGGGUCUCGUAAUGCUUUUCAAGAAGUCUCUGAAGGGAAGGUGAGAGUUGAAUCAAACAGAGCAGAGAGACUGACAGUGAAACCUGACUGUUCUCUAACAGUUCAUAAUGUCACCUCUGAGGAUGUGGGAAAAUACAGGUGUCAAACUGGAAACAUUGAUUCACUUACACAUCUGUCUCUUCUCACCAUCUCCUCAUCCACACCAGAGUCAGAUCUGAAGCCUGAUUAUCCACUAACAUUGCGGUGUACUCUGCAUACGCCUCUUGGACCUGGAAUGUGUAGAUAUGGAGAAUUGGAUAAAAUAAGUCUGGGAUGGGUGGAUCAGACAGGUGCUGAUCUACAGGAUGUCUCCAGAUACCAUUUCACAGUCCAUUCUACAUGUGACAUCACUCUGGAAGUAACACUCCAGAGGGAGGACAUCAACAGGAGGUGGACGUGUCAGCUGACUGACAAGGGAAAAGUGAAAACCUAUAUUUACUUCCACUCCACAUUGUCAGGUGUCUUUGGAGAAUCAUCCUCUACAUAUACGUAUAACAUCUUGGGGGAUGAUGUCAAUAUGCCCUGUAAGAAUUUGGUUUAUCCAGUUAACUGCUCCUCAGUUGGAUGGAUUUUUGCCAAAAUUGGGCUUCUUAAUGCUAUUCAAGAAGUCUCUGAAGGGAAGGUGAGAGUUGACUCAAACAGAGCAGAGAGACUGACAGUGAAGCCUGACUGUUCUCUAACAGUUCAUAAUGUCACCUCUGAGGAUGUGGGAAAAUACAGGUGUCAAACUGGAAACAUUGAUUCACUUACACAUCUGUCUCUUCUCACCAGUGAGUAUUUCUGAUGAUAGUCAAG